GCAUUUAAGAUUGUACCAUAUAACACAGAAGCUCUGGACAAAAUCCUCACAGAAUCAUUGAAAAAAAACCUUCCUGCCAGUGGUUUGCACCUCCUAGGAAUCAACCAAUUGGAAGAAGAAAAUAUUUCUAGUCAAAGAGAGGAAGAGUUGCCAACUCUGCUGCACUUUGCUGCAAAAUAUGGUUUAAAAAAUCUCACAGCCCUGUUGCUUACAUGCCCAGGAGCUCUGCAGGCUUAUAGUGUUGCCAACAAGUAUGGUCACUAUCCUAACAACAUUGCUGAAAAGUAUGGCUUCAAAGAUCUCCGCCAAUUCAUUGAUGAAUAUGUGGAGACAGCAGAUAUGCUCAAAUCUCACAUAAAAGAGGAGUUGAUGCAGGGGGAGGAAGAUGGCUCUAUUUACGAGUCCAUGGCUCACGUCUCUGCUGACCUUCUGAUGAAAUGUUCGCUGAACCCCAGUUGUGAUGAAGAACUCUAUGAAUCCAUGGGUGGUUUGAUUCCCAGCUCUACAGAGGACUUAUAUGUAGAAAUGCUUCAGUCAGAUGCUAAUAAUCCUCUUUCACGGACAACCAAGGACUAUAUGAUGCGCAGAUUCUUAGAAGGAGUUAAUUUGGAGAUUCCAGAACCUAAAGAAGCUAUCUACCAUCAAAGUGAAGACAAAGAUGUCUAUCAUACUGUGGAACAAGACAGCUUUCCCCAGGAAAUGGUUAACAGGCCACCUGUUCCUGUUCCAAGACCUGAUCCCUCCUCCAUACAACAAGACAAAGAACCAUACAUUUAUAAAGUAUUUACAGGAAAAGAUCAGGAGAAAUCUGGGAAUCUUUAUGUUUCUGCAAAAAACAUUGGCAAAGAACAAAUAAAUACAGUUUCAAACCAGCCUCAACAGAGUAUAUACGACCCAUUUGCUGGUAUGAAGACUCCAGGUCAGAGGCAGCUGAUUACUCUACAAGAGCAGGUGAAGUUGGGGAUGCUCACUGUAGAUGAAGCUGUCCUGUGUUUCAAAGAGUGGCAGUUAAAUCAAAAGAAGAGAGCAGAAUCAUUUCGCUAUCAACAG